GUUUGGUGAGAUUUUUAUUUUUUAUUUUUUUAUUUCAUUUCCCUCUGUUUCUGUUUCAGAGUCUCUCUCUCUCUCUCUCUCUCUCUCUCAAGCUUCCUGUAAUAUCACAGCAAGGCUCGCAACAAUUUCAAUUGACUCAGAAAAAAUUCCACUCGUUCUUCUUUCUAGCCUUUGUUGUGGUGUAAAUAUCAUUCCCUUCUUCAAAUAUCACUGUAAACCUUUCUGCAUUUCAGCGUCAAUGGAGGAUUUUGGUAAACAGUCCUUGAACUCUCUGUUACAGUCCAUCCUUUGAGUUUCCAAAUUCCAUUUCUUGAAAUUUAUGUUAAGCUGGAGCUUCGUCCGUACUUGAUAUUCGUUGAAUAUUCAGCUGGGUCGCUAAAUUCGUCGAAAUAAAGUGUUCUCUUCGCUGUUGUUGGAGAUUUAAGAAGUGGGUUGGAGUGUGCUCAUCCAAGUGGUUCAUCUUAUGAUUGUCAGUUGAAACCUGCCUCAAUUUGUCAGAGAUUUAGAUAUACAUGCCCACACCUUGUCCUCAGUGAUUCAGACAGCCUUAGCUGCAGUCGGGAAUACCUGAGCUAUUUGAAGAGAUGUUGUCAGCCUGCAUUCAGCUAGAAUGAAGACUAUGCAGAGCAAACAAGAAAUACAAUCCUCAACCCAGGUUUCACAUGAGUCUCAAGAUGACCAACCAAACAAUCACACAACUGAGGCUCCUGUAACAGAUUCAGCUUCAGUAUCUACUUCAAGCAAUGAUGGCAAAAAAGUUUCACGCCAAGAUAUUGAACUUGUCCAGAAUCUAAUAGAGCGGUGUCUACAGUUGUAUAUGAAUAGAGAGGAGGUGGUUAAAACCCUCUUGACUCGUGCAAGGAUAGAUCCUGGAUUCACAACUCUUGUAUGGCAGAAGUUGGAAGAAGAAAAUGCUGAUUUUUUCAGGGCCUAUUAUAUAAGGCUAAAGUUGAAGAAACAAAUCCUCCUGUUCAAUCAUCUGCUUGAGCAUCAGUAUCAUCUGACGAAGUAUCCGGUAGCUCCCAAGGUUCCUUUGGCCCCUAUACAGAAUGGGAUUCAUCCCAUGCCUGUUAACAACUUACCUAUGGGAUACCCCGUGCUACAGCAACCUUCAAUUUCGGCAGCAGGUCAACCCCAUCUUGAUCCGAUGGGCUGUGGAAUAUCAAGCUGUCAUGUGGUUAAUGGUGUCCCUGCACCCAGCAAUUUUCAUCCCAUUCGGAUGAACUCUGGGAAUGAUAUGGUGAUGGAGAACAGUGCUGCUGAUGUGGCUCCUAUUAUUCCACCAAACGGCACUAUGUCAUCCAUGUCAGAGAUGCCUGUGAGUCCUACAUCAGUGGCGUCCAGUGGCCAUUUCCCCUUCACUGCAUCAGAAAUAUCAGGGAUUGGAGUAGACACAUCAGCACUUGAUACAGCAUUUACAUCAGAUGUGGCGAGUUCGGUAGGAUUGCAACUAGCACCGGAUGGUGGGGCUGGAAAUUCCAGGGAUUCUUUCAGAUCACUUGAUCAGAUCCAGUGGAAUUUCAGUUUAUCAGAUCUAACAGCAGAUUUGUCGAACUUAGGAGAUUUAGGAGCCUUGGGUAAUUAUCCUGGCUCUCCCUUCUUGCCAUCAGACUCAGAAAUUUUGCUUGAUUCUCCUGAGCAAGAGGAUAUAGUGGAGGAGUUCUUUGUUGAUUCUGUCCCUGGACCACCAUGCUCUCAAUCAGAUGAGGAGAAACCCUAAAGGUGAGGGCAUCCUGUUUCACUUUAGUCUUGUUAGGAUAGGAUAAAGUUUGGAUUAAUGAAUAAGAAUUUGACAUUCAUUUACUUGCCAUUCUGGGGUUUUGUUAUUAACAAAUUUGAACAUUUGAGCAUUGUAGUUAGCUAGUUUACUCUACAUUAGCGUGCAAGUGGGAAAGUAGUCAUGCAAAUACAAGUUAUGAUUUUCUUGUAAUAACCCUUUCAGAAAACUUUUAUCAUCUAGAAAGUUGAGGACCAUAUUUAUCUGUAAUCUUGUAUUUGGCUACAUUGUUGGGAUAUUGCUGUUUUAAGCCACAGUUAUGCUACCAUUUCCCAUGUUCUACCUGACAUACCAACCAGGUUGGAUUGAAUUCUUAUACUAAAAACAGAUAAUAACUUGCAUUUAGUUAUUCACUCAA